AUGGUGUUAGACAUCAACCAAGGCUCCAUGACCGUGGAUGAAUACAAGGAGUAUUUCCUAAGUCAUGAGAUCGUUGCUACGAACGACGAGGCGUAUUUGAUACAGCUCGCUCGUGACGGAUUAAACGACGCAAUCGGUGAGGCUCUGCAUUCUGUAGAGUUUUCAACGCUUGAAGAAUUCUUUCAAGAAGCAGCCGCUGUCGAAGAGGAACUGGAGAUAGAGAAGAGUCCAGAAAAAAAACAAAGUCGCCGUAAGAGGAAGGCGAUGGUAUUCUCGGACCCGGAAGACGAGUACCCUGGGGAGAAACCGGAAGAGGAAGAUGACGAAGACAGUGAAGAGGAGGAAGAGGGGUCUGAUUAUGGAGUUACGCGGGCCGAAUUUGACGAGGACGGGAUGAGUGCCGACUCUGACUAUGCCUCUGAGUAUGGCUCUGACUAUGCCGAUGACGGCAGUAGUGAUGAAGAUACCGCCCAUGGCGAACGCCGAUCCUUAUCCGCAAACCCUUCCUCUGGUGACCCCAACCCCGUCAUCGGCGGUGCUUCUGGCCCUGACUCCGCCACCGACGAAAACGCCUCACUCGCGGGGGGUUACAUUGUCUCCACCGCCUCCAUUACUAGAGAGGUGGCCAGCUCCAACGCCUCCAUCGCUGGAGAGGCGGUCGUAGUAAGCUCCGUCUCUUCCUCCAGCUCCGCUGCAGUACGAUCGGUCUGUAGCUCUAGCUCUAGCUGCGGUGGAUUUGGGUCCGUCGCUGACUCCAGCCCGGCUGUCGAUGCCUCAAAUUCAACCACAAGCUCGGGGGCACUUAACGGCGGUGGUAAAUAA